AUGUCUUCCAAGGAGAACGCCCAGUCCAUCAAGGUCCUUGAUGACCUGAUGAAGAAGCUCACCGUCUCCAAGGACGCUGCUGAUAUCAAGGAGACCACCGUUGCCCUGGCUGGCUUCAUCAACGGCCGCAUCGAGGACCAGGCAGCUCCCACCAAGACUGUUGAGGCCUUGAAGAAGGAGCUCAACAACAAGAAGGAUGCCACCGCCAGAGAGAAGGCCUGCAACGCCAUCCAGGCUAUUGCACAACACUCUGAGGUCAGCGCCAACGUCGAGCCCUACCUCGUCGUUCUUUUGCCCUCCACUCUGGCAGCUAUUGGCGACAAGAUCCCUGGCGUCAAGAACGCCGCCAUUGCUGCCACAACUGCUAUCAUUGAGAACAUCACCCCCAACGCCGUCAAGGCUGUCCUCCCUCACAUCGUCAACUCCAUCUUGACCGCCCAAAAGUGGCCUGAGAAGAUCACUGCUCUCGAGUGCAUUGACACCCUCGUCCGCACCGCUCCUGCCCAGUUGGCCUACCGUGUCCCUGAGCUCAUUCCUGUCGUCUCCGAGUCCAUGUGGGACACCAAGAAGGAGGUCAAGGAGCGUGCUUACAAGACCAUGGAGAAGAUCUGCGAGUUGAUCGUCAACAGGGAUAUCGAGCGCUUCAUUCCCGAGCUGAUCAAGUGUAUUGCCAAGCCUGAGAACGUCCCCGAGACCGUCCACUUGCUCGGUGCCACCACUUUCGUCACCGAAGUCCAGGAGCCCACUCUUGCCCUCAUGGUUCCCCUUCUCGAUCGUGGUCUUGCUGAGCGUGACACCGCCAUCAAGCGUAAGUCUGCUGUCAUUGUCGACAACAUGUGCAAGCUUGUGGACGACCCCAACAUUGUCGCUCCUUUCUUGCCCAAGAUGAUGCCCGGUCUCCAGAAGAACUACGACAACUUGGCUGAUCCCGAGGCUCGUGAGAAGACCAAGCAGGCUCUUGACACCCUCACCCGUGUCGGUGACGUCAAGAACGGCAAGAUUCCCGAGGCCCGCCACGACGGUGACGUUGCCAUCGUUCUCGGACAUCUCAAGUCUGUCAUCCCCAGCAAGCAUGCCAAGACUGCUGAGGCCCUCGCCCCUCUCGUUGAGUACAUUGCCGCCAUCGGUGGUCAGCUCGUCGACGAGAAGGAGGUUGAGAGCACCACUUGGGCUGGCGCUGUCAAGCCUUUCCUGACUGUCCUUGUCGGUGAGGCUGAUGCCGACUCCGUCCUCGAUGCCCUUCGCAAGAAGGCUUCCUCUGCCCUGACUGGUGGCGCUGAGGAGGAGGCUGACGAUGAUGAGGGCGAGGAUCUUUGCAACUGCACAUUCUCUCUCGCUUACGGUGCCAAGAUUCUGCUCAACCAGACCCACUUGCGUCUCAAGCGUGGUCGCCGCUACGGUCUUUGCGGUCCCAACGGUUCCGGAAAGUCCACUCUCAUGCGCGCCAUCAACAACGAGCAGGUCGAGGGUUUCCCCAAGCAGAGCGAGGUCAAGACUGUCUUCGUCGAGCACGACUUGGACUCCGCUGAUACUGAGAUGACUACCAUCGACUGGACCAUGAAGAAGCUUCAGGAGGCCAAGGUUGACGUCUCCAAAGAAGAGGUUGAGAGGCGUCUUGAUGAGUUCGGUUUCAACAACCAGAUGGUUCAGGGUGAGAUCUCCGCUCUUUCUGGUGGUUGGAAGAUGAAGCUGGCUCUGUGCCGUGCUGUCUUCGAGGCUCCCGAUAUUCUGUUGCUCGAUGAGCCUACCAACCAUUUGGACGUGAAGAACGUCAAGUGGCUCGAGGACUACCUCACCAACUCCCCUUGUACUUCCAUCAUUGUCUCCCACGACAGCAGUUUCCUCGACAAUGUUACCCAGUACAUCAUCCACUACGAGCGUUACAAGCUUAAGCGCUACAAGGGUAACUUGAAGGCUUUCGUUGAGAAGAACCCCCAUGCCAAGUCUUACUACGAGCUUGGAGAAUCCGAGAUGGAGUUCCAGUUCCCUGCACCCGGUUUCCUCGAGGGUGUCAAGACCAAGGCCAAGUCUAUUCUCCGUGCUACCAAGAUGAGCUUCCAGUACCCCGGUACUGAGAAGCCUCAGAUUGACGACAUCACCUUCCAGUGCUCUCUUGGCUCCCGUAUCGCCGUCAUUGGUCCCAACGGUGCUGGCAAGUCUACCCUGAUCAACGUCCUCACUGGUGAGCUCAUCCCUACCAAGGGUGAGAUCUACCAGCACGAGAACAUCCGUAUCGCCUACAUCAAGCAGCACGCUUUCGCCCACAUUGAUAACCACCUCGACAAGACUCCUUCUGAGUACAUUCAAUGGCGUUUCCAGACUGGUGAGGAUCGUGAGACUAUGGACCGUGCCAACAAGAUCAUCACCGAGGAUGACGAGAAGGCCAUGGACAAGAUCUUCCGUGUUGAGGGCACUCAAAGACGUGUCAUCGGCAUCAACAGCCGUAGAAAGUUCAAGAACUCUUACGAGUACGAGUGUACAUUUGCCCUCGGCGAGAACAUCGGUAUGAAGAACGAGCGCUGGGUGCCCAUGAUGAGUGCCGACAACGCCUGGUUGCCCCGUAGCGAGCUGCUCGCUUCCCAUCAGAAGAUGGUUGCCGAUGUCGAUAUGAAGGAGGCCCUUGCUUCCGGUCAGUUCCGUCCUCUGGUCCGUAAGGAGAUUGAGUCUCACUGCACCAACUUCGGUCUGGAUGCCGAGCUUGUCUCUCACUCGCGUAUGCGUGGUCUGUCUGGUGGUCAACGUGUCAAGGUUGUCCUGUCUGCUUGCUCGUGGCAGCGACCUCAUUUGAUCGUCCUCGACGAGCCUACCAACUAUUUGGAUCGUGACUCUCUUGGUGCUCUUUCCAAGGCCCUCAAGAAGUUCGACGGUGGUGUCAUCAUUAUUACUCACUCUGCCGAGUUCACCAAGGACUUGACUGAGGAAGUGUGGGCCGUCAUGGACGGUAAGAUGACUCCUUCCGGUCACAACUGGGUGCAAGGCCAGGGUGGUGGCCCCAGAUUGGACAAGAACAACGAUGAUGAAGAGGAGAAGUUCGAUGCCAUGGGCAACAAGAUCGUGACCACCAAGAAGAAGGCCAAGCUUACCUCUUCUGAGGCACGUAAGAAGAAGAAGGACCGUAUGGCUCGCCGCAAGCGUGGUGAGGAGGUCUUCUCUGACGAGGAUGACUUGUAA